UUUUUUCUUCGGCGCGAUUUUCUGAGUUUGGAAUGACAGGCUAAGACCAACUGGGUUUAUAAUAAGGGGAAAAAUCACAAAUCGGAAACUUUUAUUUGUCUGAGGAUUUAUACAGAGCUAGUUAUUGAUUUUGAUGGAGUAUGUAAAGUCAACAGGAUGCUACCAGCCUCUGACAUCGGACCAGACUCCAGUCUCUUCUCUAGCUGAAGAUGUAGCUUUUGCUGAUAUUACGAAAGUCAGCUCCGAAGAAUUUGCAAAACAAAUCACUUUGAUAGAACUUUCGUACUUUAAAGCCAUACAUAGAGAGGAGUUUGCAAGUUUAAAAUGGAAUGGCAGGGAAAAACACUUGUGCGCUCCGAAUAUCGUUGCCUCAACCAGAUGGUUUAAUCAAAUUAAUUUCUGGGUUCAAAAAGAAAUCUUAAAAUACUCAUGCGUUUCAAAGAGAACUGAGAUGUUGUCAUUUUUUAUCAAAAUUUCCAAAAAACUUGUGGAAUUUAAUAAUCUGUAUUCUGCCAUGUCAAUAAUAUCUGCUCUACAAGUGGAAUGCAUUUAUCGUUUGAGGCACACAUGGACUGGUCUCGGAAACAAAGAUCGGGCAGCGUACAGGCGUCUGGAGGAGCUUUUCAGUCAGAAUGAUAAUUGUCGCAGACAGCGCGAACAUAUGAAUUCUAUCAGUCUUCCUGGUAUCCCUUACCUAGGUUUAUAUUUGUCUGAUUUAACGUAUACAAAUGUGGCUCAACCGCGUAUAAAUGGAAAACCAACUGCCGUAUGGUUCACAAAAAUCAACUCGAUUAUUGAUAAAAUAGCAUAUUUUCAACAAUCUGAAUACUCCUUUGCUGUGGAUGAAACUCUCAAUGCAUAUCUAUGUGCUCAACGCUACAUAGAAGAGUUACAGAAGUUUCUAGAAGAAGAUAAUUAUAAAACUUCACUUAUUUUAGAACCUCCUCCUACGUUACCCACACCAUCCUUGUCAUAUUUACCUCAGAAAAUAUACGGAACAACUUCCUCAACCAUCUCUAGUUCCAAUAAUAGCAAUCUAGACAGUAGUAAUAUUUUAAAGAACCAAAAUAGUUCAUCAACAAACGCAUGUCACUCAAACAAUACUGGGUUAACAUUUGACGGUCGGAAUAGUGGAUUUGGAUUCCGAUCACCGUCAAAGCUGUCAAGUUUCGUUCAUAAUACAAAAAAUUCUCAUCAUUAUCAAAAUCAUAGUCGUCAUGGGUCUAAUGUCUCAUGUAAAGGUGCAACAGUUAAUUCUAGUUUCGAAGCAGAUCUAUUACCUACACUGAUGACGAAACACAUUACACAUUCAAAUGACCAUAUAAACAAUCCCAUACAAGUCUCUAAUUCAAACAAAUUAUUGGAGUGCAAAACCGAUCAACUCAAAUCUAUGCGUAAAGUAUCUUGGGAACAAACUGAAGGCAUUACUAAGGACGAAACAUCUCAAUCACAACAUCUACGGAAAGAAUUCUCCACAUUACCUAGACCUAAAACUAAAAAUUCCUUCAAUGUGACAGAUUCCGAUUUCCUAUGCACUUCAGAGCCCCAGUCUAGUACUCAAGAAUUGGAGUUUCUUUUUCCUGAACAUAAAAGUUCACAGUUGCCUCCAAUUCCACCAAGACCAUUUAUUGAUUGUGAACAAACAAAACAUUCUACUCUUAGUCGAUCGGAAUUAAAAUCUGAACAACUAAAUCUCAGUCAAUCACUCGUAACAACUGACCAAUGUACCAGUCCAAAGUUAUCGUCUACAAAUUAUUGCAAAUCGUUUUCUGUUAGUGGAUCACUUCCUGUUAACGAUGUUUCACAAUCAAAUAUACCAGCUACGUCAUCAGUCACUAAUCUUUUGUCAGAAUUCAGUUUAUGUUCUAUGAAUGAUGUAUUCAACUCAUCAGUGGUUGCUGUAGCCGCAUGCGCAACUUCUUUAAGUGCUGUAGAUGCUUCAUGCACCACACCACCUGCACCACUGUCGUCAUCAUCUGUAGCGGCGAUAAAUCCUAGCUGUGGUAAAUUUGACGAUGUACCAUCAUCAGAUAAAUCUUUUGAACAUCAUUUUUCAAUACUUGCUACAUCAACUCCACCGGAAUCACCAAAUGUCAAACAAAAUUCAUCAACUACGGAGGCACACGUCAACAACAGUCCGUGCAUUUCAUACUCAUCAGUAGUCCCUGACUAUUUUGGUGUUAGAGUUAUAUGUCAAGGUGUUGUUCAACGUCGAACUGUAUACCGUUUCACACCAACAACAAAUACCAAUCAAAGUUUCGACACCGUUUGUUCAAAUAGUGCUAUGUUUACAUCGUCAAUCCAUGCUUCUAAUUCUUCUCUAUCCGGUUCUUCAGUGAUUGUCUCGGGAUCGACGGCUACAAGACAAAUGUUUCACAAUCCAUCCUCUGCGUGUCGACCAUCUGGGUUCUCUAAAUGGCGUCGUUUGUGGGCUACUUUGGUAAUGGUAGGUGAUGGUCUCACUGCCUACAUGAUUUAUUUUGAACCAAAAGUAAAGAAUGCAGUCUACCGCAAUCAGUUUCAGGCUCACCAAUGCCAAAUCCAUUGUCUGUUUAGUCCUCCUGCAAUUAGUGCUUUCAAUUGUCAGAGUAAAGGGAAUAAUUUUAAAAAACUACAGAAUCCAACUGAUGACUCGGCAGAAGUAGACGUAGCUGAGGUUUCGGAGCUUCUAACAGAAUCAGACUGCAAAUCCGAGAUCUGUACUAAUAUUCAUUUUAAAACUGCUUAUGACCUUCCGAAUCCCAACUUAUUAUUCAUGGCUGCGAAAGCAGAGCCUGGUAAACAUCGAAAUGGUACUUUAGACCCAGACUCCUUUUUGCUGACUGACUUCAUUCUAGGCAAAACCUAUCGCUUUCGACCAAUGGUUUUUCCCACAGAAAACCCUACAACCAAUUCUUUACCAAAACCUGACACUAUUCGUUCCAGUGGAGCAUUAAAUUGGUUUCUUCGUAGUGGCCUACAAAGUUCCCAUGCCUGCUCUAGAGUAUCUCAGUCAUCUGGACAAUCAUUUUCUCCAGAAGUAAAUAGCCCUGGUCGUACACGUGGUCUAUCGGCUCCGGGAUCGUUUAUUCAUCCCUAUGUUGGUUCUCGUUCUUCUGUUAAGAAAGGCAAGAGAGCUGCUAUAACUGAACGUAGAGACUCAUCUACACUCGAAUGUUUAUCAACCAACGAGAAUGUUGAUCUAUGGCUAAAAUGUAUUCAGUCUGUUAUGGGACAAAUCUAUAAAGCGUAUCUACGCCAAAUUGUAUCGUCACACUGUACGACUCAAUCAAAAGCUACAAAUAGAACAAAUGACAUUUAGUAAUUCAUGGAUGUACUUGUCAACAGUUUUGGUCGUAAUAGUCAUUUGUUUGCAUUUCAUUGUGCUUAUUUAGUCACGCUUGCUUACCAAUUUUUAUUUCCUUCAACACUAUUUAUCCGGUGUUUUCAUUCUCUUUGGAUAAUUUAAAAUACUACAUGUACAUAGAUUUUAGUCGUUUAGAUUGUUUGUGUUUUAUUUUACUCGUAUGCUUAUUAAAUUCAGGUUCAUUUCUAUUUUACAAUGAUUGAUCUAAAAUCUUUACUAGUGUAGUUAAAUAAAUUGUUUUGAUAUCUUAUUACUUUAUGUAUAACUUACCUCUACACCCAGUGUUUUGUGCAUGUAGAAGAUAUUUUCAACUAACCAUUAUGGAUUUUAUUAUUUUGUAGUUUAAUUUUACAUCCUUCUAUCAUAUACCCUGAUAUUUCAGACUCAAUCUUCGCAUUUGUUUAGCUCUGUGCUAAUAAUGAUUUCCGAGUACAAUUUUAUUUGUUAUCAAAUGUUUAGUAAUAUAUUCUCUUACUUCUUUUGUCCAUUUAUGUGUUUAUUUUUUGUGAUACAUGUACAGUGGUAGCUCAUUACUACCUUCGAGGUUUUGUGAGUUCGUAACUUCAGUUAGUGUAAACAAAGCGCCUUCACUACAAAUGUGUAUUAUAAUAUAAGUUCUGAACAAUGAAAUUCAUAAGCAUGAUUGUUAAUAUGAAUAAAGCCAGUUAGGUAAAGUAAGCACACUGAAUGCGAAAAGAUUGUACGAUUUCGAGAUGGAUGCUAAAUACGUAAAUGCUCACCUUUAGGUAAUCAGAUUUUAGCAUAAGAUAAUUUUGCAUAGUCAUGUAAAUAUUGCUCUGAUCAUACGUUAUAGUGAUCGGACAUAUGUGUAAUCGAAGUGUGGUAUUAGUAUUACGGCUCACUUCGUUGGUCCCAGGUAGUUUUUCUGAUUAUUACCUUCGUGUUGAAUUAUAUAAAUUCCAAGCGUGUUGUUGAUCAAUGAAUUUGUACUUGCUAAGUUCGGUAUUGGUCGAUUGUUAUCUUCCUAAAGCUGAACUCGAGUUAGAUCCUUCCAUAAAAUGUUUAUACCGUACUGAUUUCUCUGCUGUUUCACAUCGUCACAAAACGCCUGCUGAACCAAAAUGUUCAUGUAUAUCAAAAAACUUAGUAGCUCCGUGCUACUUUAUUGGAAUGUUUUGAAUAUUGAGUUUUAAAAUUUCUUACUUAUGCUUCUUAUUCCCAAUGGAGCAUAGGUUGCCGACCAGCAUUCUCCAACCCACUCUGUCAUGGGCCUUCCCGUCUAGUUCUAUCCAAUUGUUGUUCGUUCUUUUCAUAUCUGUUUCCAUUUCUCGGCGUAAUGUGUUCUUGAGUCUUCCUCUUUUCCUUUGGCCUUGAGGAUUCCAUGUGAGAGCUUGCUUUGUGACGUAGUUGGAUGCCUUCCUCAAUGUGUGUUCUAUCCACUUCCUCCGCUGAGAUCUGGUUUGUUCUCCCCAACAGUAUGUUGAGAACUACUGCUUCUACACUGAUCGUCUUCUCCUGCAUUUGUUGUUGCAUGUGCGAUAGGAGGGCCAUAUCACCUGGGAAGUCUAGAUCGUUAGGCCACAUCUCAUCCUUACCCCCAGAUUUUAACGUCUUCAUGAUCCGGUCGAUCAUCAGGAGAAAAAGGAAGGUUGAGAGUAAGCAUCCUUGCCCGACACCGGUCUCUACUUCGAACGAGUCUGUCAAUUGUUCUCCAUGCACCAUUUUGCAGUUAAAUCCAUCAUAUGAAUUCCGUAUGAUAUUGACUAUCUUCUGGGGCACGCCGUAGUGUCGAAGAAGUUUCCAUAGUGUUGUUCUGUCCACGCUAUCAAAUGCCUUUUCGUAGUCAAUGAAGUUGAUGUGGAGUGAUGAAUUCCAUUCAAUUGAUUGUUCCACAAUGAUCCGUAGAGUUACGAUUUGGUCUGUACAGAAUCUAUCCUUCGGGAAUCCUGCCUGUUGGUCACGAAGUUGAGCGUCUACGCAGUCCUUCAUCCUGUUUAACAAUACUCUGUUGAAGACUUUUCCCGGUAUUGAGAGAAGAGUGAUGCCCCUGUAGUUAUCACACUUGCUGAGAUCGCUUUUCUUUGGUAUUUUGACCAGAGGUCCUUCUUUCCAGUCUUUUGGUACUUGUUCCUCAUCCCAAAUCUUAUUGAAGAGAAUGUGGAGUAUCCUUGCAGUUACCGCUACGCCCACUUUCAGUGCCUGUGUUGGAAUGUUGUCUGGUCCUGUUGCUUUGCCACUCCUGAUUUGUUUGAUGGCCAUGCUGAUUUCUCCAAUUGUUGGUGGCCAACAUCGGCUGGGAGGUCCGUGUGUGCUGCUUCGAUGUUGAGUGGUUUCAGCGGAGCUAGUCGAUUCAAGAGUUCUUUGAAGUGUUCUACCCACCUGUUUCGUUGUUCUUCAAUGUUGGCGAU